CUGCUCCAUUGAACGAGUGUCGGGGACUGGGCGUCUCGCUUGGAGAAGAAUCGCGUCGCGAAGAUACGGAUAAAUAACAACCCGGUAUUUCACAGACCGACUUGAGAAACAUCACUCAAAGUUUUAACUGUCUGUGGCGUUUGUGCGCGCUAAAGGCUUGAGCACUGUAAAAGUUUAAAACGAAGUGUGAAGAAAGAAGCUCGGUGACAGGAGGAACCCACAACAAGCAGUGCUAGUGUGUGUGUUUCUGGAGUGACAUGAACCGCGCCAGCCGUUAAAGCAUCCAGUGUUUCGGGUUUAAACUGCUUUCUUCAUAAUUUCAUGGUAUAAAGACAAUGAGCCGGUCUGACUGGGGGUGUGCCUUUUGACGAAAACACAAGCAACACUGUGGACACAGCGCUGAAUCACCGUGGCAACAGUGUGAAGUUGUGGGGACCCACAGCGCAGAAACCAUGCCCGCCCUCUCAACGGGAGCCGGCAAUGAGCCAGGGCUGUAUGAGCUACUGGCUGUGUUGCCAUCUCAGCUGCAGCCGCAUGUCCAGAGCCCGGAGGACUGCUCAUUUCUCAGCAACAUGUUCGGGGAGAAGAGCCUUCACUCGCUCGUCAAGAUCCAUGAGAAGCUGCAGUGUUAUGAGGACAGCAGUCCUGCACCGGUCCUACAGACAGCAGAAACACUCGCCUCGGAUUUGGCAGAGGAGCUUCAGAAUAAGACUCUGACUGGCGACAUUAAAGAGCUGAUCAAGCUACUGUCCAAGCCUCAUAUCAAGAGUUUAUUGUCAGUCCAUGAUAUAGUGGCUCAGAAGAGCUAUGACCCAGAGCUGCCACCCCUGCCAGACGACCUUGACGACGAGGAGGACUCAGUCAAGAUCAUCCGCCUGGUCAAGAACAAGGAGCCACUGGGUGCAACCAUCAAAAAAGACGAGCACACAGGGGCCAUUAUUGUGGCUCGGAUCAUGAGAGGAGGAGCGGCAGACAGAAGUGGUCUAAUUCAUGUCGGUGAUGAGCUGAGGGAAGUCAAUGGAAUUCCAGUAGAUGGCAAGAAGCCUGAGGAGAUCAUUCUUAUUCUGUCCCAGUCUCAGGGGGCCAUCACCUUUAAGAUCGUGCCAGGCAUUAAAGAGGAGCCGCCCAUCAAGGACCCCAAGAUGUUUGUGCGGGCGCUGUUUGACUACGAGGCGGCGGAGGAUAAGGCCAUCCCCUGUAAGGAGGCGGGCAUGAGCUUCCAGAGGGGCGACAUCCUGCAGGUGAUGAGCCAGGACGACGUCACCUGGUGGCAGGCUCGCCACCACUCUGACACCAACCCCCGCGCCGGCCUCAUCCCCUCAAGGCAUUUCCAGGAGAGGAGGCUUGCUCUGCGACGACCACCAGCCACUCUCCCGCCACCUCAGAAGAUAUCCAGCCGAAGAUCCUACGAUGAGGCCCUUGAAUGUGCGGAGGAGACUGAAGAGGACUCUGAUUCUGGUUCUAAUUUAAGUGGACAGAACAUAGUGGGCCUGAGGAGGAGUUUUCGGCUGAGCCGGAGGGAUAAGAAGACAAACAAGUCCAUGUACGAGUGCAAGAAGAGUGACCAGUACGACACGGCUGACGUGCCCACCUAUGAGGAGGUAGCAUCCUACCGCCGGCAGCAUGGUGCCAGGCACAGACUCGUGGUGCUAGUCGGACCUACAGGUGUGGGUUUGAAUGAACUGAAGAGGAAGUUACUAAUAUCUGACCCGCAGCACUUUGGUGUCACUGUGCCACACACCACCAGACCGAAAAGAAACCAGGAGACAGAUGGAGUGGAGUAUCACUUCAUCUCCAAACAUCUGUUUGAGACAGACAUCCACAAUAACAAGUUUAUCGAGUAUGGGGAGUAUAAGGGAAAUUACUAUGGAACAAGUCUGGACUCUGUCCGUUCCGUUCUGUCCAAGAACAAGGUGUGCCUUCUGGACGUCCAGCCUCAUACGAUAAAGCACCUGCGCACUGCAGAGUUUAAGCCGAUCGUGGUGUUUGUGAAGCCGCCUCCCAUCGACCGCCUGAGGGAGACGCGCAAGAAUGCUAAAGUCAUCUCCGGCAGAGACGACAAGACCUCCACCAAGGCCUUCACGGAGGAGGACUUCCAGGAGAUGAUCAGCAAUGCGAAGAUAAUGGAGAACCAGUACGGCCACCUCUUUGAGAAGGUCAUCGUCAACGACGACCUCACAGCAGCCUCCAGCGAGCUCAAGAUGGCACUGAAGAAGGUGGAAACGGACACACACUGGGUCCCCAUCAGCUGGACACACUCCUAGGACCGAGGAGGAGGAGGGCCACGAUAAAGAAGGACACCGAAACAAGGACGACACUAUGAGGGAGCGUCAAGGAGGAGAAAAAGAAAAACAAUAAGAACUUGCAAUUUUGUGAAUUGGGGGCGAAUAGCAUGUGGGCCUGGGUAUUUUAAAUUGUGGGAGAAAAACGGUUGUUUAGUUUUUUGUUGGGGUCACAGGGGUCUGUGAGCAAAACUGUGUGGUUCUGGGUUGGUUUCGGGCCUGGUUCAAGGCGCUGGGCUCGGCCUGGCCCAGCUUAGGGUCAGGUCAUGGGCCAACUGCACUGAUGGACUUUGAGAAGCCGCGGUGAGGUGCCAGAGCCAGGCUGCCACUCAGGCGGUCAGACCUCUCCUUGGUGUAUUUUUAACGUCUAGUUUAUAGAAACCAAAGGGAUUAUUAUUAUUUUUUUGUGGGCUCGGGUAACGGUUUACAUACAUAUCCGUGUAGUCUCUGAAUAGUGUGUAUGUGUGUGUCUGUGUGUAUGUCUGUGUGUGUGUACGAACGAGUACGCACAUGUGAGUAUGAGAAAUGAAACAGAAGCUGCCGAUUGCGUUUGCCUUCAGUCUUAAGAAAUCCUGAAUUCUGGAAGACCACACGUCAGCCCUCCCCCUUGCUAACAUCUAGCGUUCUUAUGCACACUAAACAAAUUAGAAAGAAAAAAAAGAGAGAGUGAACACUGGCAGUCGACAUGGGGAGGGUGUGAGUGUUCUUUUAUUUAAAAUGUGAAAGCUAAUAUAUUUUAGUAAGAAAAAAAAUCUACUGUUUUACACACUUUUUUUAAAAAUAAAAAACGUCUUUUAUCGUCGUCAAAAAAAGUCCCCUCGGCAAGGGGGCCUGCAGACUCUCGGACUGUGCCGACCUCGCCUCCCAGGGCUGGGCAGACAGAGUGGCCUGUUUUGUAACGGGAUUUCGUGCUUCACUCAGGAGCUAUUUUAAAAUGGAGCCCUCCGCCCCGUCCAGUCUUGUCCCGCUCCAGCUCCAGCUCCCGGUCCAGCUCCCGGUCCAGCUCCCCGCCCCAGGAACAGCAGUCUGCGUCUGAGUGUGAGUCGGCUCUUGGCCCUGCACACUGGAAGAAAACCUCCUUCAUCUCCAGCAAUUAGGUUGGAGGAGCAGAGGAGAACAGUACAGUAUGUGUAUGUGUGUGUUGUUUCUUUUUUCCUUUCUUUUUUAUUCUUGUUAAAAAGAAAUUUUAGAAAUGUGUGUGUGUGUGUGUGUAUGUGUGUGUGUGUGAUUGGGGUAGGGUUUGGGGGUUCUGAAACAAGGAACCGAUCAGACGAGGUUCCGAGCACUUCCAGAAUUACACCUGGCACGAACGCCACGCUUACUCGAGCUCUCGUAACAAGGGAGCCUUAUUUGUAGAACAGGAGAGUAGGGGGAAUUGGUCAAUGUGACGCGUUUGGGAAAUGUGCGAGACAGUCUGUCUUAUGGUUGCUCUCUUAUUCUCUCUCUGUCUGUCUCUCUCUCUCUCUCUCUAUCUCUCUGCCUGUCUCUUUCCCUCCAUCUUCUCUUAUUUUAGCCUCUCUGUGUUGUCAGUGCCAGUUGCUAACAGAAAUUGGCCUCACCUCCAUUUGCCUCUCUCCCAUUCUGGUACAAGUUUAGUCUCUUGGAUCACUUAGUCACUUCUGUAGACAUUCAGUACAACAAACAUUCCAGUCAUCAUCUCUGCAGUCUCUCUCUCUCUCUCUCUCUCUUUCUCUCUCUCUCUCUCUCUCUCUCUCUCCCUUUCUCUUCUGUCUCUUUUUAUUUGUCUGUUUCUUUCUGUUGAGAAAUGUGCAGCAGAAUGGGGGAGUGCCAGUCUCUGGCGAAACUCUUGAGAACCAGCCCUGCUGUUCAUCUUGGGCUCUACGUCUUGUGAUUUUUGAAAGGCCACAGAAGGUGUUCUGCCUGUCAUGGUCAACUGUAGGAGUCUGUCUCCUGUGAGGAGAUGCUGCUCUAUCCUGUACAUUAAAUACAACAUCAAGCAAA